UGGAUGAUCAGAUUGUUUUUGUAGGUUGGAAAAUAAAAACCCAAGAAAAUUGAUGUACCAAACAGUAUGAACCAUUCACCCCAACACAGUUGCCACAUAAGCUAUAGAUAACAUAUUUCCACGUGUAAAUCUUCACACCACACUCAUAUACAUCAAAACUCCCCCUUAGAUAUUUAGGUUUAAUGGAUUUGGAUAGAAAGUACUCCCACUUAAACUCAUACUACUAUUACUCCUAUUUCUUCACUAAAAAAUCUAGUUUUUUUUUUGGUUUUUAGUUUUUUCUUCUUCAUCAAUGUCCAUUUUCUAAAUUUUCAACAACCAAUUUUAAUUCCCAAAUGGCUUUGCCUCAAAUCUUACCUUCUCACAAACCCUACUUAAACCCUAAUAAUUUCUUCUUAAUCCCGCAGUCUAAUUACUCUCAACGCAAUUUUCCUUCUCAAUCAAUACUCCACCGCCGGCGCCGGUGCCGGAGCCGGAGCCGGAGUAGUAUCCGAUGCUCCGCCUCAUCCUUCCCGGAGAAACACCACACCGGUAAUCCAAAAUCGGAUGACGUUGUUGAGCUCCCUCUUUUCCCUCUCCCACUCGUACUCUUCCCAGGUGCUAUUCUUCCUCUCCAAAUCUUCGAGUUUCGUUAUCGUAUAAUGAUGCAUACUCUCCUCCAGACUGACCUUCGUUUCGGAGUUAUUUACUCCGACAGUGCCACGGGUACUGCUGAUGUGGGAUGUGUUGGCGAAGUUGUGAAACAUGAAAAGCUAGUUGAUGACAGGUUUUUUUUGAUAUGUAAAGGGCAAGAGCGAUUCCGGGUGAAUAAAUUGGUGCGGUCUAAGCCGUAUUUGGUUGCGGAGGUGAAUUGGCUGGAAGACCGGCCAUCGGCGAAUGGAGAGGAUGACGUGGAAGGUUUAGCGAAUGAGGUUGAGAGUUAUAUGAAAGAUGUGAUUCGUUUAUCGAAUAGAUUGAACGGGAAACCGGAGAAAGAAGCAACUGAUUUGCGGAGGAAUUUGUUUCCGACUCCUUUUUCCUUCUUUGUUGGGAGUACAUUUGAAGGGGCGCCGAGGGAACAACAAGCGUUGCUCGAGUUGGAGGAUACCGCGAUGAGAUUGAAGAGGGAGAAGGAGACUUUGAGGAAUACUUUGAAUUAUCUUAGUGCUGCUUCUGCUGUCAAGGAUGUGUUUCCGUCUUCUUCGUGAUGAAAAUGUGUAAGAAUUUUUGAAGAUGGAUUAUCUAAAAGGGGGGGGGGGGGGGGGGGGGGGGGGGGGGGGGGUUUAUUUGGUAGGAUCAUGGUUUCUGUAAUGUAUACGCGAUGAUGAAUUGUCUUAUGAAUUUGUAAAUUUUGAUGCCUAAUACUAGUUCCACAAGGUUAUAAUAGUGUUGGAUUGAUUUAUCUUUUGGUGGUAUUGAAUGGAUGAACUUAUAUUGGUAGUGUUGUU